GGCUUCACCGUCCCUCCAGUGGACUUGGGGGCUGAGCACAAAGAUGCCUAGGAGAGGCUACUCCAAGCCUGGGUCCUGGGGCAGCUUCUGGGCCAUGCUGACCUUGGUGGGCCUGGUCACACGUGCAGCCCAGAGAGCCGAUGUUGGCGGGGAGGCAGCUGGCACCUCCAUCAACCACUCCCAGGCGGUGCUCCAGCGCUUGCAGGAGCUGCUGCGACAGGGCAACGCCAGUGACGUGGUUCUGCGGGUGCAGGCUGCGGGCACCGACGAGGUCCGGGUCUUCCACGCCCACCGCCUGCUGCUGGGACUGCACAGCGAGCUGUUCCGGGAGCUGCUGAGUAACCAGAGCGAGGCGGUGCUGCAGGAGCCACGGGACUGCGCCGCGGUCUUCGACAAGUUCAUCAGGUACCUGUACUGCGGGGAGCUGACUGUGCUGCUGACCCAGGCCAUCCCCCUGCACAGGUUGGCCACCAAGUACGGCGUGGCCUCCCUGCAGCGCGGCGUGGCCGACUACAUGCGCGGCCGCCUGCUGGUCCGCCACGCCUACAGCUUCCACCAGAGCAGCGAGGAGGCCGGCGACUUCCUGGCGCACGCCGACCUGCAGCGGCGCAACUCAGAGUACCUGGUGGAGAACGCCCUGCACCUGCACCUCAUCGUCAAGCCCGUAUACCACACCCUUAUCCGGACCCCCAAGUAGCCUCGGGGUCGGGGAGUAAAGGCCUGGCCUAGGUGCUCCUUGUGGGUCUGGGAAGGGCAAGGCGAGUGUGGAGGUGGCAACAAGCCUGGUACCCUGGAUGGCCAGGUGCCGGCCACCCUAGGGCUGGGGUGGAGUCCAGGUGAGGCGUGGUAGACAAGAUGCCUGGUUUCAAGAGCUGAUUUCACAGCUGACUUGAAGGAACAUUCUUGGUCCUGAAUAAACCGAUGCUCAGAGUGGUAA